AUGAUUUCUGCAAAUAUUUUGCUGGCCUUUGGCCUGGUUGCUUUGGACGCUGUGGCUGCGGGUCCUUGUAAGCCUGUUACGACUUCGUUGGCCGUGAGUUCGGGUACCAGUGUUACUGUUGAUUCCACCACUUUAGUUGGAAGCACCGAGACUACCGCCGUCACAGUCACCGAAACCGAGACUGGGACCGCCACGACUGCUACCUCGGAUGCGACGUUGACUUCUGAUCUGACGACUCUUUUGACUGCUACCAGCGACUUUACAACCUUGACCACCGAAGCAGCCACGACAACCACGGAAGAAGCUACUACCACCACCGCCGAGAGACCCGACUCAACCCAAUUCAACAUCUACCCCAACCAAGGCGUCGAAGCCAGCGGCCCCCUCAAAGUGCGAACUAUCCCCGGCGGCUCGGUCUACUUCAACAACCCCAACGCCGACUACACCACGGGCACAUUCGUCGUCAGCGGCCGCGGCAAGCUCGUCAACGGCAACCAGCUCAUGUGCGCAUUCUUCCGAACGGGCCAGCAGUACGGCGACAUUGUUGGCUGCCCACCUUCCGACGAAUCGGAUGCUCGCUACUCGCCCAUUGAUUGUGAGCUUGGCGCUUCGGGACAGCUUGACUGUCAGGUCCAGGGCAAGUUCUGCUACUACAGUCAGGACAUGCUUACGUGUGAUGCGAGGGCGGUGUAUCCUUAUUUCUAUAUUGAGAGCGCUGGGUCUUAUGGGUAUGGGCUUAUUUUGGGACCAAAUGGGCUUAAUCUCACGCCCGUUGAACUUGCGGCUCAGCCUGAGCCAACUGAGCCUUAG